AUGGCGAGAGCACGGGGCAAGGAUGAUUUCGAUAGUUUUAUCUCCAAGGCUCCUAUCGCACUUGCAGAGGGUACUACGCCCCUUCAAUGGUGGUGUAGUGAGGACGUUCGUAUAGCGUACCCACGGCUUAGCCGUAUGGCUAUCGAUAUCGUGUCUGUACCAGUAGAAUCAGCAGAGCCAGAGCGGACCUUUUCGGGGGCCAGGCGCACAGCUAGAUGGGAUAUGCUACGAUUGCUGAUUGAGAGCAUUGAGAAGAUUGAGUGCUGA